AUGGAUGAUGAUGAUAAUGGGACAGCAGUGAUUGAAUUUAUUUUGCUGGGAUUCUCAGGCUUGGGGACUUACCAGGUCCCCCUAUUUUGGGGAGUACUCUUUGUCUACCUGGUCACCCUGUUGGGCAAUUCCCUGAUCAUCACCCUGCUUGACUCAGCCCUGAGCACUCCCAUGUACUUCUUCCUCAGACAUCUCUCUUUGAUAGAGAUUCUCUACACUACAACUAUUGUGCCAAGGAUGCUGAAUGAUCUUCUCUCUUCACAUCCUGUCAUCUAUCUCUCUGCUAGUUGCUUCACCCAGAUGUAUUUCUUUGCCCUCUUUGGCAUUGCUGAAUGCUGUCUGCUCACUGCCAUGGCUUAUGAUCAUUUUGCUGCCAUUUGCCGGCCCCUGCAUUAUGCCACACUGAUGAACAGGCAGGUAUGUGUGGGUAUGGUAGGUGCUUCCUAUCUACUGGGCAUCACCUCGGGUACCACUGAUGCCAUAUUCAUCUUUACUUUGCAUUUCCAUGGCUCCAAUAUUGUUUACAGCUUUUUCUGCGAUGAUUUACCUGUUUUGAGGCUGGCCAGUGGAGACACUUUCCAGGGUGAGGUUGGGAAUUUUGUUGUCACCCUUCUCUUUAUCAUAACUCCCUUUGUACUGAUUGUGUUUUCCUAUGUCCGUAUCCUGAUUACCAUCCUUGGAUUAGCCUCUGCUCAAGGACGCCAAAAAUUUUUUUCUACUUGCUCUUCUCACCUACUUGUUGUUACCCUCUUCUAUGGGACUGCUACUAUUGCCUAUAUAAAACCUGGAGCCAAUAUCAUUCAGAACAUGGAUCAAAUCCUCUCCCUUUUCUACACUGUUGUAACCCCUAUGUUUAACCCUUUUAUCUAUACCCUGAGGAAUAAGGAGGUGAUGGGAGCCCUGAAGCGUACAGUUAACAAAACAUCUUUGAAGUCCCUGACUGGUCCAGUGGUUUGCUUGGCUUCCCUUCUGAUAAGUUGA